AUGAAUGGCAUUAAAAGUGACAUAGUUCAUGAGUUCGAACAUAAAGUCAGCAAAGCAGAACGCAUUGCCAUCGGAACACGAAUCAAGCAGGAUACCAAGCAGUUCCCCCGUCUACUCCUAGACGCUAUUGUCCAGCCUCUUUCAACAACCGUCCUCCAGAUCCGUUUGAAGGUCACGCCCGAUUUCGUGUGGAACGACAGGCUCCAAGGCUACGGGAUGACCAACUGGUGGCUGUGGAUUGAGGAUUCAUCCGCGGACAUCAUGUACCAUCACGAGUUCUUCAGCAUCACCAGGCAACAGGUCCUUGACACAGAAGAGCAAGAAAUUACAAUGACCAUACCUGUUUCUACGUCGGAAAGGCUUCCCGCCGAGAUCAACGUAAAAGUGGUAUCUGAUUCAUGGCUUGGCGCAGAGACCAACCUGCCUUUGUCCCUCACUACAGUUGUUCUUCCUAGAGAAAAACUCUCAAAAUUCAAUGUGUUUCGUCAACUAACACCGGGAGAGGGGCCGAAGGUCCUGCCCAAGACAACCCUCCAGAAUUUUCAACAUCAGCAGAUGUUUCCUUUUGACAAUUUCAACCGUUUCCAGACAGUACUCUUUAGCCAGCUGUACACGAAUGUAGAUAGCAGUGUGUUGAUUGGUGCUUCGGGUGGAGUGGGUAAGGUUGUGGCCAUCGAACUAGCCAUCUUAGGUGCCUUCAAUGCCGAACCCGACACCAAGGUUGUCUACAUAGCCCCCCUGAAACCUCUCCUACGGCGUCGCUUCAAAGACUGGCGAGCACGGUUUGGCGAUAUCCUUGGGAAGAAGAUCUACAUGUUGAAUGGUGAUCUCAUUUCUGACAUCAACACAAUCAGGAGAGCAGACAUUAUUCUGACUACCCCUGAGAAGUGGGAUGCUGUCUGCCGGAGAGGACAUACUAUCGAAUCCGUCUCUCUCCUCAUUCUGGAUCAACUUCAGUUUCUUGCAUCUAACAGUGGCUCAUCGCUAGAAGCCAUGGUAACUCGUAUAAAGAUGAGAUCAUCCAAACUCCGUAUUAUGGCUCUUUCCACUCCGAUGGCAAACUCCAAUGAUGUUGCAGAAUGGCUUGAUGUUAAACAGGGUUCCUCGUUUAACUUCAAGCCGACGGAAAGGCCUGUUCCUCUCCAGAUAGUCAUUCUUGGAUUCUCUGGCAAGUACUACCACACUCGAGCUGCUGCUAUGAAUAAGCCGAUAUAUCUGGAAAUCAAGGCAAUCUCCAAAAAGAAGCCUGCCAUUGUGUUUGUAGCUUCAAAGAAACAUACUUCAGCCACAGCCUUUGAACUUAUCGCUUUCCUUCGAUCUGAGAAGAAUCCAAAAAUGUGGCUCCAUGAUAUGACACCAGAAGAGAUUGCUGAUGUAUGCAAGGAUAUCACAGAUGACAACCUGAAACUCUCCCUAACCUUUGGGGUCGGUAUCCACCAUACCAGUCUCUCUAUAGAUGAUAGAAGAACGGUAGAACAGCUUUACCGAGCAAAACACAUACAGGUACUUGUAGCAACCAAGAACCUGGCAUGGGCGACAGAUCUGCGUGCUCGUUUUGUUGUUGUCAAGGGAACGGAGCAAUACGAUGCCAAGAGUGAGAGAUACGCAAACAUGCCUGUGACAGAUAUACUUCAGAUGGUUGGUCGUACAGGACGUCACUCUGGUGAUUCUAGAGGUUCAGCUAUGGUACUGGUCCACGAUGUGAAGGAACACUACUACAACAGUGUGCUAAAAGAAUCGGCUGUAGCCAUCGAAUCAGGGCAUUCUCUUGACUCCCUGGCAAGUCAUGUUAAUGCAGAGAUAGCAGAUGGAAAGAUCGCAUCUGUGAGGGAUGUUGAAAGAUACCUCAAGAAAACGUUCUCCUAUAGCAGACUCUCUUCCAACCCAAGCUUCUACGGUGUGGAAGACUCCCACACCGCUACCAUCAGAUCAUUCUGCUCAACCAUGGCUGAGGAAAUCUUGAUGAAACUCAUGGAUGCUGAGUGUAUCAAUACUAAGUCUGCUCCUGGCGGUACUACCUGCGAGCCAACAGCGCUGGGGAAAAUAGCAGCAGAACACUAUGUACAACCAAAAACAGUACUGAAGUUCAGACGCUCAACAAGACCCACAUCCUUGCCUGACUGUCUCAAAGUCUUAUCGGAAGCCGAAGAGUUUUCAGGGACUCCAGUGCGUACAGAUGAAGCUACCUCAAACAGGUGA